UUACAAAUUACAACGGCCACAUCAAUCCAUAUCUGACACAUCAGAUUGAUCGAUGGUUCACUACAUUUUGCGCCACAUUGGUUGACCACAUAUAAGUCAGCGUAAUCGUUGAACGUCUAGUGUCAUGUCCCCCGCCGGCGAGAUUGAGUCUACUCCUCCACGCGCAAAUGCAUCAGCUCCAGGUGCUAGCAAAAUAGAAUCCACCCCAAACAGCCGUGGGGCUUCUGUCGUCAGCGAGAACAUCGGGGUGCUCGGUGUCAAGGUCGACAAGGUCCGCCCAUGGAUUCAGCGGGAUAUCGAGCAGGUUAAGGAGUGCAAGGCAGAUGCUAUGCUGCAAGCCCUCCUUCAGCGCGCUUCUUCUGCUCCCAAGACUAAACAGCCCGAGCUUCUGCAAAAGUGUCUCAAGGCGGUUCUGCCUGUUUGCAAUGGACAGGCUUCUACUGCUCUCGUAAAGUCUUCUGACAUCCAGACAGCCCUCAAUGAAUACGUAUGUCCAGGAGUGGAGAGCAACUUCUACGGCCCUUUUAUAAGAGCCACUAACAUCGCCCUCGCUUGUCUUGAAGAGAUCAAGAUUGAUGGGAUGCGUGCUCCUGUCCCUACCGUGGACAUGAUCUGCCAGCAGAACGACAUGCCCAUGCACCAGAUGCACCAGUCCAAGAAAUCAACUCGGAAGCCAGACCUCGUGAUUCUUCCUUUGAGUAGCGCAUGCGCUCCCUUCCAGGAUGAGACGGGCGGCAAGAAGGGCACACAGAAGAACGACGGGAAGGACGACGAGCAGCGCAAGAAGAAGCGCAAAGCUCAUAUGGACACGAAUGCAACAGCUAAGCCGAAAAAUCUCCCCUGGAAAGAUGUUCUAGCUUGCAUCGAGUUCAAGAGAAAGAUAACAGGGAGGACGAAAGGGAUUAAGGCACCCCCCUCUUCGUAUCCAUUGACAGACUAUGCCCCUUCCAAGCCAGAAUAUCUGCCGGUCGAUCAUCUUAGGGCUGCAGACCCAGACCCAGCCCCUUCACAGACCCCAACAACACAAACUGCAUCCGACACUGCAUCUCAAUCUUCUGGCCUUACUGCUGCCCAACCUUCCCGGGGCGGUUCCAGCUCCAAACGCAAGGCCACAGACACUUUGGAAUCUGCUGCGAAAAAAUCCAAGGGGAACCACGACGACAAAGACGCUGACGCGGACGCGGAUCUAGAUGUGACCGUUCAGACGGGUCUGUACGCCGCCGAAAUGUUUGCGGCGAAUCUUGCAGUCAACUAUCUGCUGAAUAUUAUUGUCGUCGAUGAUGUCGCGUGGAUCUGGUAUUAUGAUCGACAAGGGAUCAUUCAAUGCUCAGGCAUCAACUUCAUUCAAGAUCUCCCGCGGUUCAUGGUGCUGUUGUAUGCUUUACAACGCUUCGAGCUUCACGAUUGGGGCCGAAACAAAGACUUCCUCCCAAUUGAAGUUGAGGGGAAACUAUGCCACGAGUUCAACAUCAAGGAUGAAAAACUUGGAGAGGUGGAUUUGCUGCUUCACACCAGUCACGACGAAAGAGUGACGCACUAUGGACUGCAAGGACGGGCGACCAAUGUGGUCCCUGUCACUAGCGAAGCGCUCACGAAGAAAUACGGCAAGUUCGAGGAUGGGAUGGUGGCUAAGAUCUUUUGGGGAGAAGCGAGUCGCACUAGCGAGCCGGAGAUCCUGAAAAAGGUUGAUGAGAUCGCUAAGAGGCACGUAACUGUCCAAGGCCACGUUCCUGAGCUGCUUUGGCACCACACGUUUACGAAUCCCACGUCCGCAAUUCGAGAAGCGCUUGACGUUUCGGAACCCACUAAGGGCAGUCGCGUGCUCUACAUUCUUGUGUUCCGCAAGCUCUUCCCCAUCACUCAGCUUCACGGCAAAGAGUUUUUUGACGUCUGGCGUCAGUGUAUUUCAUGCCAUCUUACUCUGUGGAAGGAAGGGGUAUACCAUCGAGAUGUCAGUCCUGGCAACCUGAUGUGGUACUGGAAAGACGGCAAGCGGAUAGGCGUUUUGAACGACUAUGAUCUAUCCUCGUUGGCGGAUGACCCAGGUCCUAGGGGAAACGAGCGCACGGGCACGGUGCCAUUCAUGGCGCUCGAUCUUCUCACCAAAGAUGGUCAACAAGGCAAAGUCAAACACCUAUAUCGCCACGAUCUAGAAUCAUUUAUGUGGGUUUUCGCCUGGAUUUGCUUGCGUUAUAGGCAGGGAGUCCUUCUAUCACGGAGAUUGCGCCCUCUCGAUGAGUGGGCGACUUUAGACGCUAUUGCAUGUCGCAAGGAGAAGUUAGACUUCCUCCACAGUCUGACCCCUUUUGCGCCCUCGGACAUAGAUAAACUCACAUGGGGUGUCCUUGUGAACUGUAUGUUGGUGCUUAAAAGGGAUGCCGACAACCGAUACUAUCUUCGCUUUACAUCGAGCUCAGGAGAAAGCCAGCAGCCCAACGCCGAAGACCCGGAUCUCGAUGCUUUUCUAUCCAAAUUUACCAGUCUAGGUCAUUGGGUUGAGCUCAGCAAACCUGAGUAAUUUUUAUACCCUGCACACGGUGUUCCGCGCAUCGAUACUUGUAACUUUCAGUUAUAGAUUCACAAUACAACUUAAUGUUACUCCAGCGCUUGUCCCCACCUAUCUA